AUGGAAACCCAAAAGUUUCUCCAGUCACCACAUCUCCCGGCGUUCCCAUUCAACCCACUCCGCAAAAACACUUUACUCACAACUGUUAAGGCCCCAUUAUCCACCACCUCCACACGACGCACCGUCUUAUUAUCCCACCAUCCUUCCAUCACCCCAACACGAGAGAAAGACGCAAAAAAACGUGUCGUUAUAACGGGUAUGGGUAUAGUCUCUGUCUUUGGAAGCGACGUCGAUAAGUUUUACGAAAGACUCCUAACCGGGGAAAGCGGAAUCACUUUAAUAGAUCGAUUUGAUGCUUCAGAACUCACUACACGAUUCGGUGGUCAGAUUCGUGGGUUCAAGUCAAAUGGAUAUAUUGAUCGGAAAACGGACCAGAGACUUGAUGAUUGUCAACGUUAUUGCAUUGUUGCUGGGAAGAAAGCUCUUGAAGAUGCUGCUAUUAGCGGUGAUGAACUCUCUAAGAUUAAUAAGGAGCGUGCAGGUGUGCUUGUUGGAUGUGGACUUGGAGGGGCAACCGUGUUUUACGAUGGUGUGAAGUCUCUCAUACAGAGGGGUUUCAGGAAAAUCACACCUUUUCUAGUACCUUAUGAGAUAUCAAACAUGGCUUCUGCUUUACUUGCUAUUGAUCUUGGCUUUAUGGGACCAACGUACUCCAUUUCAGCUGCUUGUGCAACAUCCAAUUAUUGUUUGUAUGCCGCUGCAAAUCAUAUCCGUGAAGGGAAGGCAGAUUUGAUGAUUGCUGGUGGCGUUGAAGCUGCGGUUGUUCCUAUUGGAAUUUCUGGUUAUGCUUCGUGGGGAGCAUUGUCUAAAAGAAACAAUGAUCCUCAGACUGCUUCAAGACCAUGGGACAAAGAUAGAGAUGGCUUCGUGAUGGGUGAAGGUGCUGGUGUUUUGGUGAUGGAGAGUUUAGAACAUGCAAUGAAAAGGGAUGCACCAAUACUUGCUGAAUACUUGGGAGGUGCAGUAAGUUUUGAUGCACAUCAUAUAACUAGUCCACGAUCCGAUGGAUUUGGUGUUUCAUCUUGUAUUCAAAGAUGCCUUGUGGAUGCUCGUGUUUCGGUAGAGGAGGUAAAUUAUAUCAAUGCACAUGCAACUUCAACAAUACUUGGCGAUCUAGCUGAGGCAAAUGCUCUGAAGAAGGUAUUCAACAACACUACAGGGAUCAAAGUGAAUGCUACUAAGUCAAUUAUUGGGCACUGCAUGGCAGCGUCGGGAGGUGUUGAAGCGAUAGCUACUAUUAAAGCGAUUCAAACCGGGUGGUUACACCCUACCGUUAAUCAAUUUAACCUAGAACCUGCAGUCGAAUUUGACACCGUUGCAAAUAAAAAACAACAGCAUGAAAUCAACGUUGCCAUUUCAAAUUCAUUUGGUAUUGGUGGACAUAAUUCGGUUGUAGCAUUCUCUGCAUUCAAGCCUUGA